AUGGGCGACAACGUCAACGCCAGCAGUGAUAAUGACUUCCUUAAAAUCCGUGGCCAGAAGCUUAUAGAGUCAUUUGUGGAUCCAUUCAUUAUACGUCAUCCAAAGGGCCACACGGUCCCAAGGCUUCUUGCGUGCUGUAAGAGCGGGAAGGCGUACACGCUGCUGGCCACGGCGACGGGGCUAGGAGGCUGCCUCUAUCCGUGUGGCUACCGCUCCAGGCUGCGGGAGCAGUACAGGCUCCAGGAGAAGUCCUGCGGCGGCGACUGCUGUAGGGCUCGCAGAACCGCGGCGUCAACACGACCCUCGGAGAAGGGAGAGGCGGUGUCGCUGACCGUGUCUCGGCGGUCGCUGCUGUUCAACGGCAAGGGAUUCACGGUGUUCGACAGCAACGGCAACCUUGUCUUCCGCGUCGAGACGUACGCCCGGGGCUCGCCACGCGAGGUCGUCCUCAUGGACGCCGACGACCUCGCCCUCCUCACCGUCCGCCGCAAGAAGCUGAGUUUGGCGGAGGAGUGGCUCGUCUACGACGGUGACGGCGAUGAGCCGGCGCCGAGGCGAUUCACGGUGCGUCGGAACAUGAGUCUACUCCCGACCAAGUCCCUCGCUCGCCUGUCGCCUCCGCCAUCGUUGGAUGGCACUGGGCAUGCGCCUGGCUGCCGGUACGAUGUGCAGGGCUCCUACGCCACUCGCAGCCUCGACGAGUUCGCCUGCACUUCCUGGGCCUCCGUCUGCAAUCGGCCCGGCGUGCCGGAAGGAGGCCGCCGUCGGCCCGGCGUGUUCCGGCUGACUUCGAGCCGGCGCUCGCCAUGGCCGUGGUUUACUGAAACAGAAAACAGAAAAAGAGAGGGUAGCUCGAAGCAAUUUGUUGUUGCUUCAUAGCUCAAUGUAAUCAUUUUUUGCUUCACGGUUCUUGAUGGCCUCAUCACCGAUGAGCUAAAGGAGAUGACCAGGUGAAGCAUUUCUACUUAGUGGUGCCAUGUUGCGAUGUUUUGGAUUCAGGAUGUAGGGGCUGGAGAUCACAUCUAGAGGUGUUUUACAUAGUCUAGUUUCUCGUAUCUUUUUGUUGGCCAAAAUAAAUAGCACAUAGGUGUGGGUGUAUAUGAACUCGUAAAUUUGAUCAUUUUUUGUUUCCUUCAAUGGAAAUUGUGAUUUGAUCGUACAUGUUUGAA